AUGGAACACGGACUUUUCUUUCGGGCGACCACGCUCGUCUUGUCCGGUCAAGCGCAGACCCCCCCGCCGGCUUCAGCUUCGUCCUGCUGCGACCGACCGACGCGUCUGAGGAGCAAGCGCUCCGGCCAGGCACACGUGUCCCGCGAGAAGAGCCUUGUUCUCAAGUUGGGCGUCUGCUUCCUGUACGUGGUCGCCCUGCACAACGUCGUGUCCACCACGUUCAAGUGCGCCUCCACCCGGAUCCCCAUGAACGUGCUCGACGCCGUGUCCGUGGCCUGCCGCACGUUCUUCGCCGCGUUGACGUCACACCUGUACUACAAGAGCUACCCGGACGUCGCCCGCUUCCUUUCCCGUGACCGGAAGCUGGACCCAGGACUGCACCAGUCGCUGAAGAACAGCGUCGCCAUGCGGCGCAAGCGGUGGCUGGCCUUGGGACUGGUGGCCGCGUACGGGGCCGCCAUGGCGGUGCACCAGUGCGUCUGGCUCUACCGGUACGGGCCGUUGGUCUACUUCCACAGCCAGCUGUACGGCCUGGACCCUGUCGCACUGCGCAUGCGCCCCAGCGUGGUCGCCUUCGCCGCCAUAGUGGACUUCACGGCGUUCAACGUGGCCGUGCUCGUGCCGGCCUUCUGCAUGGCGCACUUCGUCGGCAUCUGCGACCUGGUCGUCCUCAAGGGAAACCGUUUCCGCCACCUGCUUCAAGCGUACUGCGCCUCCGGUUGCGACGGGCUCAAGGUCAGCACCGUGCGAAAGCUGCAGGGCUCCUAUGCUGCCCUCUGGGAAGCGGCGCAGUACAUGGACAAGAAGCUCUGCGCUGCGCUAUUCUGCUGGUACGUGGACACUGUGCUCAACAUCGUGGUGAGCGUUCGCGCCGUGUAUCACACGCUGUCGCACUACAACGCGUACUCGGCGUCCGGGGCGUACGUGCACGCGGCGUACCUGGCCGUCGCCUUUCUGCUCGUCUCGCUCUCCGCCGCCAACCUGGUGGCGCAGAGGAGGCACCUACUGCAGGACAUGUGCCGCCUGGUGUGCACCGUAGGCGGUGCCGAAGACGACGAGCUCUGCAAUCAGGUGAUGCUGCUCCAGGAGGACGUCGCCAACGGGCAGCUGGCGUUCACCGGCUGGAACUGCUUCGACAUCGACCGCCCCUUUAUCCUCAGUGUCAUGGGAGCGGUAAUCACCUACUCCGUCGUACUGCAACAGCUCACUUAG